AUGCAACAACCACCCCGUUUUGAGGAGGUUAUUGAGCAGAUCGAAAGGAAAGAGCCGAAGGUCGUUGUUAAAGGCACUUUUGAUGACUUUAUUGUGUUUUUAAGAAAGAACGUUGAAAGGACAAACGCACAAACGCUGUCGUCGAUAUUCGACUUGUUUCUUACGUCUUGUUCCGAGAAGAUAAAAAUGAAAGUGAAGGUGUCAGUGUCGUGUUUGAUAAAAGAAAGAAGCGUUGUGAGUUUGAAGAUGCUUCAAGUGAUCAUCACAAGUUCCCUUUUCUACGAGAAAUUUGACAUUCUCGACGUCUUGAGCGAGUUAUUUGAUUUUCAAGGAAACACAUUAUUUAAUACUUUUGAUGUUUUUAAUACUUCUUCUGACGAUUUGCAAUGCAAAGUCGUCCAACUUAGAAGUGACGAAAUUCACCAACGAGAGUACAUAGUUGCGUUGGGUCGACUGUGUUAUUCGAUCCAUUUAAAAGGGGGUCUUGUGUUGUUUAUAACUAUUCUAAUCAAUCAUUUUGAGUCACACGUGUUAUUCCCAGUAUCUCUCGAGCUCUCUCCUAUUAAUGUCUGUGCCAUAUUUAACACUUUGGUAUAUGUGUUAUUGGAAUAUGGAGAGACUGUCUCGGAGAAAGACUUGCCCGAGAAAUACACAAAAGGUGUUUUAUUAUUCCCUCCAAAGCCAUUGCCAUUCCCUGAAACUCAGAAACAAAACGAUGCGCAACAAACAGAAAUCAAUUCGUUUAAAUUUUAUGUGAAAAUGUUAUACUUUGAGAAUGGAAAGGUCGACACGUUACUGAAAAGAGUGUUGCUCUUCGUUCACACAUAUUAUAUCACCAAUUUAAAGUUGUUUGUUCGGAGGUGCAGCAAACUUUUUAUGAACGUGAAAUUGCCGCACGAAUUACAAAAUGAGUUUCUAAUGGAUUACUCGCUCUAUUUUCUCGCCUUCGAAAUCGAAAAUUUGAUUCGUAUAUUGUUCGUGCUCGAGAAAAUUAAAGCGACCGAGGAAACUACUUGCUUUGUUAAUGAUGCACUUUUUAUUAUUAAAUUGAUGUCACAACAUGUUCAUGAAAUUCCAGACGUCUUAGUACAGAAGUUCUUCGAACGCAGUGAUGUGUAUAUAACAUCGUUGAUAUCAAGUAAAGAGAAAUAUUCGUUAUAUGGCGAAGAGUUAAUACAAACACUCUAUCACUAUAUCCCAUCAAGGGUGCUUGAAGCAAAGGAAAGUACACAAUUUGAUAUGGGGAAGCUACUGACACAAGAUGUGAUGCGCUUGUUCAUCAAUUCAUUUGAAACGAAGUCGUUUGCCUUUGUCUUCAAUUUACUCCGCUUUUCAUACCCAACACCGUUUUAUUUUUUAACUGGUUCCAAGCGAGUGUUUUCUGUGUAUAUUGCGAUUGGAAUUUAUAUCCAUCCGUUUAUCACUCAAAAUGUGGACCAAAUUGUUUUGGGUCUACUCCAGAAAAGUGAAAAUGGGUUUGAAGUGUGUUGUGAGCGUGUUGAAAUGUCGAAGAAAUUUAUCGACCAUUUGGUCAUUGGGACACAAACGGUGGAUUUCAUCUACUUUAUCUUAAUACAAAACCCUAUCAAAGAAGACGUGAUACAUCACCUUCAGAUUAUCCUCCAAAGUGUGUUAAUAUUACUCAGAAGUGUCAACUCAAACAAAUUCAUCGUGUUUCCUUUCAAAACAAAAUUUUUAAAAAUACUCACACUCACGUGUUUGCAACUAUUGGUGUUGGUUCGACAAAGUAAUUCUCACUUCCUUUUUAACCAAAAUGACACUGCUCUUGUCAAAAACUUUCUUUCAUAUAUUUCGUUUACGAACGAUGGUGCAAAGUGCUUUGCAUUGAACAUAGGGAGUGACGUACCUCCAUAUCUUUCUGGCCCGACACUUGAACAUCACGACUGCGAUAUUAUUGUUGAUGGUGUUCAACAGUUAAAAGACGCCACUGAUUUGUUUACUUUGUAA